AAACGUCAUACUUUUUGUGGAGAGGUGUAAACAAAGCUGCAAUGCGAGUAAGAAUCUUGAAAUCGCACUUUUUUAACAGACUGUUCACUGCCGGCAUUUGAAAAGUAGUAAUUGUUCGUUUUCUUAAAGCUUGCGAAACUCUAGCAAAGUCAACAUUGUAGCGAAUCAGGUUCGUCCGUAGUGACACAUUGACGAACGCAGGGCGUCCGACGUACCGAAAUGAACGAAAGCACAGUGCGACAUUGUUUGCGGAUAAUUUACGCACUUUUGUGUGUAACUAGUGUGUUAGCAUUCCCAGAGCAAGGAAAAUGGGACCUAGUGUUAACGAAGCGGAACACGUAUAUUCCAAUACCGAAAUCACUAUACGAUGGAUUUAGCAUCUAUGUACAAGUCACUUGCGAACCGGCACUUGCUCAACCGAGUUCUAACGCGGAAGUACGUGUAAACAUAUCCUGGAGCCUUCGCGAAUUAAAAUGCUGGCAAGAAUAUGUGAGCUAUUCAUACCUGCUGCAGGACGAACGUUUUCCGUUGCGAAAUAAUGUGACGCAGAUCGAUUCCACGGUAUAUCCGAAUGUAUGCAGCAACGAUCGACACAUCGUAAUCCCGGAGACCAAAUUCGCUGGGUCCAAUCCCAAUCCAGUUGCGGCACAGUCUCGACGAAGCAUUGGAGCACUAAACAGCGAACAGCAACCGGUAUUUACAGUGUCCAAGGAUGGACUGUACAUCUUCAUCCUGCGUAUCGAGCCAGGCGAUAAGGAAAGCGCUCGCUCGAGCGGCGAUCUGGACAUGCUUGGUGGUGACUACACGGCGAGCGUUCAUGUCGAAAUAAGACGCCAAAGUGGCUACCUAUCGGCGGUCGAUUGGCCACUGCUUCCGUUUUAUGGCGCAAUGUGUUUGGUGUAUGUUUUGCUGGGCAUCGUUUGGCUGACGGUGUCGUUUUUGCAAUGGAGAGAUUUGCUUCGCAUACAGUUCUGGAUCGGGGGUGUGAUUCUACUGGGAAUGCUCGAAAAGGCCAUGUUUUAUGGUGAAUAUCAGAGCAUCAAUUCCACCGGAGUGUCGGUCAAAGGCAUGGUGCUGUUAGCAGAAUGGGUCUCGUGUGGAAAGAGAACGUUGGCCAGAAUGCUCGUUAUUAUAGUGUCUCUGGGUUUUGGCAUAGUAAAACCACGGCUAGGACCGAUGCUACACCGGGUGGUAGGAACGGGUGUGCUGUACCUGGUACUGGCCUGCGUAGAAAGCUUCCUGCGCAUCAUGCACACGAAAAAUGAUCCCAGCAAUCAGAUACUGGUCGCCAGCAUACCACUGGCAGUUCUGGACUCGGCCAUCUGCUGGUGGAUAUUCACAUCCCUCGUUCAAACGACUCGCACGCUGCGUCUACGACGAAACAUGGUGAAGCUAUCCCUGUAUAGACAUUUCACCAACACGCUCAUCUUUGCCGUGCUGGCCUCGGUGGUGUUUAUGCUGUACUCCAUAAAGGUGCACCGUUUUGCGGACUGCUUGACCGAUUGGAAAGAACUGUGGGUUGAUGACGCAUUUUGGCAUGUGCUCUUCUCGACCCUGCUGCUGGUCAUUAUGAUUCUAUGGCGACCCACUAACAACAAUCAACGCUACGCCUUCACGCCACUUCUCGAUAAUCCGGAGGAUGAAGAUGACGAAGAGGAAGAGCAAUUCGUUUCCGAUGCUUACGGUGUAAAAAUGCGAGGAACGCGAAGCAAUUCACCGAAACCCAACGCGAAAAGCGCCACCACGGACGAGGAAAACUUAAAGUGGGUUGAAGAUAACAUCCCGGCAGCCAUCGCUGACGCCGCCCUUCCUGUGCUCGAUUCGGACGAGGAAAUUAUCAACACAAAGUUCGAGGUCUCCAAAAUGCAAUGAAAACGCUGCAUCAGAAAUCCUAUGUUACAUAGUAAAGUAAUGUAAGCUUGCCAGGUAAUUAUGGAAUCCUUCUUGAUACUUGGACAAUUGAUUUUGGUUCCAAUCGCUUACUACUAGGAAUAUGCAUUCGCAAAAGGAUGUUUAGCGAAGAGGUUUGCGCAACACCGGGCUCAUGUGAGUUCCGGGGUGUACUCCACGGGAUGAAACGUUAGGUGAUACCACUUUGAACGGCACUAGUCAAACCAUACAUUUAACAAGAGAGCGGACACACGCGCCGGAAGGCGUGAUGACCAGCGAGCAGAUUGUCGUCCAAGCAGAUUGGUAGUAGUAGCCCGGCAAAUGGGGUUUGCAGCAAGAUUGUGAUGUGAGUGCGUUUUCUUCUGACGUAGACUGUUUUGAAUGAACCAUGUCUUCGCAAUUAACUUUAACUAAAGUCUGAUUGGUUUUAAAGUUGGAACUUGGGACGAAUUUCUUGGGUGAAUUGAGUAAUUGAGUUCUACUACUGCUUCGAAAGCGGCAUCGAAUGUAUGUCGUGUAGUUGUUCGGUUUGCAAACUACAAAGACAAUGACAAAAUCCUGGGCACAGUAUCGGCGGGAUUACUUUCCUUUAGCCAGGUGUCCCCAGACGUACCGAUUUUGGGGACUGGAAGACUCGUACUGUCUUCAGGUGGUAAUUAGACACGACGCAUAAAGUAAGAUAGUGUAAUAAAAAUACGUACCCUAAUUCAAGCUUAAA